CGCUUAACGUGUCGGCGAAGUUUUAUGUUUAAAGCGCAAACACGCACGCGACGAGCGUGAGGCGAGACCGCAAAGGGGUUUUUUUUUUUUUUUUGGCCGCGUUUAACAUCGACGAUCAGCCGGGAGGGAAAGCUUUGCCGAUGUGACGAACGCGCGCACUGCUUUUGCGUUUUGCUGCUGCUGCUGCUGCUGCUGCGAGUGUGCGAUCUGCGGACGAGGUGCUGCCUGGCGGUCCGCGAGGGAGCCGGAGUCCCCCAGCGCCGUACUGAGCCACGGAAAAAGUACUCAAAGUACACGUUUUGGCGCCGGAUCGCGAAUACUGGAGGUGAAUGAAUGUACCGUGCAGGCUGAUCAGCCCCAAAAAUCCUGAUCGUGUAAAGGCCUACUUUAAACAACAAAAGAUUGACAAAGCGGCAGACUCGGACACCGUUUUCCCCCUCCUGUUUGAGACUCUGUGCCAGACCAGCUCGCUCCAGUUUUCGCACAUAUCUUCAAUAGAUCUUUGGAACUGUGUGAAGUCCUUUCCUGCCUCAAAUGCUCAAUGUCAGGUGCUGCUAUGUGGACACGAUGAGUAGUUUGGGGGAGAACUCCAUGGAGCCUCUGAUCGCAGAAAACCGGAAACGCAAACUCUCGACUUGCGACACACCUGGUCUCGGGAGUGAGAGGAAGCGCCGGGAGCAGGAAAGCAAGUACAUCGAGGAGUUGGCGGAGCUGAUCUCAGCCAACCUCAGCGACAUCGACAGUUUCAAUGUCAAACCGGACAAAUGCGCCAUCCUCAAAGAGACCGUGCGGCAGAUCCGGCAGAUCAAGGAACAGGGAAAGGCUUCCAUCAGCGACGAUGUUCAGAAAUCUGACGUUUCGUCAACAGGUCAGGGCGUCAUCGACAAAGACCACCUCGGGCCUCUUCUGCUACAGGCUCUGGACGGCUUCCUGUUCGUGGUGAACCGAGAGGGCAGCAUUGUGUUCGUGUCGGACAAUGUGACGCAGUAUCUGCAGUACAAGCAGGACGAGCUCAUCAAUACCAGCGUCUACAACAUUCUGCACGAAGAGGACCGGGAGGAAUUCCACAAGAACCUACCCAGGACCAACAUAAAUGGAGUGUCGUGGGGAAACGAGGCAGCCCGACAGAAAAGUCACACCUUCAACUGCCGGAUGCUUGUCAAAUUUGGCCAUGCCCACGGCGCCGUGGAGGAGGGGCCAGGAGGGCCGCGCUACGAGACCAUGCAGUGUUUUGCCCUCACCCAGCCGAAGGCCAUGAUUGAGGAGGGCGAAGAUCUGCAGUCAUGUAUGAUCUGCGUGGCCCGUCGAGUUACAGCGAUGGAGAGAACAGAGAGUUUCAAUACCAGGCAUGAACUCUCAGGUAAACUGAUCCAGAUUGACCAAAACUCUCUGCGGGCAUCAGUGCGUCCAGGCUGGGAAGAUUUAUUGAGGCGUUGCAUCCAGAUGUUCCUCCAGCACAGUGACGGGCAACCCUGGUCUCACAAACGGCACUAUCACGAGGCCUUUUUGCAGGGCCACGCCGAGACGCCACUUUAUCGCUUCUCCCUUUCCGACGGCACGCCGGUCACUGCCCAGACAAAGAGUAAACUGUACCGCCACCCGAUGAGCAACGAGCCACAAGGCUUCAUCUCUACUCACCUCCUUCAGAGAGAACCUAAUGGCUACCGCUCAUCUCAGGGUGGGAACAUGAUGCCGAACAUGAUGAGACAGCAGUCCAUGGGAGGCCCCAACGCAAACGCCCACAUGAACAUGAACCCCGGGGCUGGGAUGGUGAUGGGGGGCAUGGGCGGCAUGAACAGGGGAUUUGGAAUGACCGAGCAUGGGCACGUGGGCCAUAUGGGUCACAUGGGUCAGAUGGGUGGCUGCGCCCCGUAUGGAGGAAGUAGUGGAAACGGAGCCAUGGGCAACCGCAUGAUGCAAAUCAGUCAGAUGGGACACAUGAGUCAAAUCGGUCCCAUGAACAACCCAAGCCAAGGCAUGCAGCACCACCCACAUCAGCCCCCCUUUCAGAGUAGUGGGGGCUUUGGACUAAGUGGGUUGAACAGCCCUUCAGGAAGCCCCCGGAUGGGCGCUCCUCAGUCGGGACUCUUGAUGUCCCCGCGAAAUCGAGGAAGUCCAAAGAUGGGUGCCAAUCAGUUUUCUCCUGGAGGCAUGCACUCUCCCAUGGGUGGCAUUUGCAGUGGUGGAGGGGGCAGUGGGAGCACGACAACCUACUCCAGCAGCUCCCUUAAUGCCUUACAAGCCAUCAGUGAAGGAGUCGGGAACUCAAUGCCCUCCACACUGUUGUCGCCUUCACCAGUCCAUAAACCAGACGGCUCUCCUAGUGUCCACUCCUCCUCUUCCUCCCAGCCAAACCAAAUGGCCAAAUCAGGCCAGGAUGAAUCCAAAAGCCCAGUGGUGGGCUUGGGGCCUGGGCCAGGACCUGGUGACCAUCCCCACUCUUUGCACCAUCAUCAAUAUCCACCGGCCGAAGACUCUGGAGACAGACCCGACAGCCAGGCUGCUAUACCGCCUAAAGAUUUGGGAGACGGGGGCAAUGAGGUGACUGCGGCAACGUCGGAGCCUAGUCGAAGGGUACCAGACAGUAAGGGGCAUAAGAAGUUGCUGCAGUUGCUGACAUCUCCAACUGAAGAGCUGGGAAUCGGUGGAAGUGGACCUCCAGGGCCUCCUGUUCCACAACCAUCAACCAACAGUAGUACACCAACCUCAGAAAUUAAGGACCCCGCUGGGGGGAUGACUAGCCCUUCAUCCACUGGCGUGUCGUCCUCUUCCUCUGCUAGUGCCAAUUUAAACCAGACCAGUGGGUUGGGUGGAGUGUCCACAUCCGCCAGCUACACAGGAUCACUUCAAGAAAAGCACAAAAUCCUCCACAAGCUACUCCAGAACGGCAAUACACCCGAUGAAGUAGCAAAGAUCACAGCUGAGGCUACGGGGAAGGUGGCGCUAUGCAACCAAGAGGGCAAUGAAAUGGGUACAGGAGGGUCAGGGUCGGGGUCGGGGAGUGGCCCUGGCUUAAUCACUGAGCCGAAGCAGGAGCAGCUUAGCCCCAAGAAGGAAAAGACCCAUGCCCUUCUCCAUUAUCUCCUCAACAAGGAUGAUUCCAAAGAGCCACUGGAUGUCAAGCCCAAACUGGAGGAACUAGAUUGCAAGGGAACCUCGGGUACUGCUUGCGGGCCGCCACGUGGUGGUCCUAGCCAACCUCCUGAACAUCAUGAGAGUAAGAUCAAGUCAGAACCACCUGAUGAUUUGCACAACCUUGAGUCUAUCCUGGGAGACCUAAGGGGGACCAGUUCUGAUUUUUACCCGGAUCAAGCUGGAGAUGCUGGACCACAUGACGGCAACAAACCCCAGGGUUGCCUUGAUGACAGCCUUCAAGAAAGUUCAGGUUUGGGUCCAGGGCCUCGAGGGCACUUCCAGAGGACCUUGUCUAUGGAGGGGAAGCCUCCUGGAGGACUUGGAGGAGCAGGAAGGCGCCCAAUGCUUGUCAAGCAGGAGAAUAUGAUGGGUAGCCCUGACGGCUACCCAGGGAACAUGGUAUUACCAGGGCCAAUGAAUAGGGCUGUAGUUGCCCAGAGGUCUCCCAUGGGGGGAUCUGGAGACUGGAGUAUUUCCCGCUCCAGUACCAGUCCAGUUGGUUCAUCUGUUCACCCCUCCAUGAUGCGUCCCAACGUGGAGUUCAACGGCAGCAAAGGAAUGAUGACAGGCCCCAUGGUGAGCCGCUCUAACGUUAACCCAGGAUCCAGGUCUAUGUUGCAGCAGCAGCUCAUGGAUAUGGGUGGUUCCACUGACAUGGUGAUGAGCGUAAGCGCCUUCAGCCAGCAGGGCCAACCCAACCCCUCAUGGCCCGACGCUCUCAUGGCCAUGGAAAGCAACAGGCGCCAGUUUGCCAACACCUUAGACGAACUUCUGGCACCACCCACCACCAGCGAGGGUCAGAGUGACGAGCGGGCGCUCCUGGACCAGCUGGAUUCCCUUUUGAACAAUACAGACGGCACCGCGCUCGAGGAGAUCGACAGGGCCCUCGGCAUCCCGGAUCUUGUCAGCCAGACCCAGGGAGCAGAGCAAUCGCUGGAGUCUUUGACUGGACAAGAACCUUCUUCCUUGGUACUGGAGCAGAAACCUCUUUAUGGACAAGGCUAUCCCGGACCCCCGACGGUCCCCAUGCAGAGCGGCUACGGCGGGAGUCCGAUGCACGGGCAGCCUCAGCAAGGGGGAUUUGGGCCCAUGCUGUCCCAAAUGGGCCAAGGUAACAGUUUCCCUGGCAUGGGUGGAAUGGCGGGCAUGGGUCACCCUCGUCCCAACAUGAUGAGGCCCAGGAUGAUGAGUGCUAGCAAACCCAUGAGGCUCCAGUUGCAACAAAGGCUGCAGGGACAGCAGUUCAUGAAUCAAUCACGGCAGUCCAUGGGAAUGAAGAUGGAGAACCCUGCAGGGAAUCCUGGCAUGAGGCCCGCCAUGCAGGUGAGCACGACUGGACAGCAGGGUUUCUUGAAUGCUCAGAUGAUGGCUCAGCGCAGCAGGGAAAUGGUGACCAUGCAAAUGAGGAGGCAGCGCAUGAUGAUGCUGAUGCAGCAGCAGCAGCAGCAGCAGCAGGCGGCCGGGGGUGGCUUCAGCCCCCCACCAAACGUCACAGCUCCUGCCGGCAUGGACAAUAGCGUGGGAGGGCCCGGCAUGGGUCAGCCGGGUCCACAGCAGUUUAGCUACGCAGGGAAUUACGGGAUGACCCAGCAGGGAGACCCCUCGUUUGGCCCGUCUGUUGCCAACAGCCCUCCUGGCGCCAUGAUGACGAGCCGCCUGGGGCCUCAAAACGCCAUGAUGCAAGCACACCCGCAGGGCGGCCCCAUGUACCCCGGCGGGGAUAUGAAGGGCUGGUCACAGGGAGGCAUGGGCCGUAAUAGUGCGUACCCGCCGCAGCCGUUUGGCCAACAAGUGCCCCCAGGGCAGCAGCAGUUCGGGCAGCAAGGAAAUCCCGGCCAGUACGGGGGCAUGAUGAUGAACGGCGGCAUGGCGGCGAGUGGAGGAGCGGGUCACAUGGGCCAGAUGGGGAUGAAUCCAAUGGUGAUGGGGCGCAUGAUGGGGCAAGAUCAGAAAUAUUGCUGAGCUUCACGGACGACGUAUUUGUGCGUGGGAAGACGCACGGAGACGCACCACCGAGGUGGGGGGUCGCGCGCCUUUCGAUUGACGCCUUGACAAACCCCCGAACACUGUGAUACGCGCCGCUCAUCCGCUUCCCGACGCCUUGGCGCUCCCCCUGCUGACUGCAGUGUGAUAUUGCGGUCUGAGCAGGUCGCCGCGUAGACUUGCUCCACUUGUUGGGCCUCGCAGUCUCAGCGGGCUCGAGGUGCUCGUGGGGAUGGCUUGUCCGCGUGUCUCCGAAGCCCUCUUUUGUCGAAUGUACGACGGAGCUUUUUUUUUCCGACGAGCGUUCUCUUUCAUAUUUUCUCGGCCGCCUCGUGCCCGCUUUCGACGGGGGCCCGCCAGAUCGAGACGUCGGCGAAGAAGCGGCAGAUUAUCUCGUCCCCCGAGGCUCUGCGGGCUCGCCCACAACCGAAUUGUUGGCUGAUUGCACUUUAAGGGUAGGCCAGCAUCCGCAGGAUUAUGGCAAUAGAGGCCUUUUACUCGAGUUUGAAUCCAUAGCGGAAGAUAUUCGCGGUUUUAUUUAACGGUUGCUCCGAGGGGAAAUUUUACUGGGGGGCGGGCCCGUGUAUCUGAAAUGGGUUUUGAGGAUCUUUGUUCUUAACUGGGAACCAGUAGAAAGGUAGCAAGCACAGAUUUUACAACAGCAUUCUUGGCGUCAGCGUACCAACUAAUUCAAAGAGCAGAGAUUGAAGGGAGGAAAGGAAAAACAAAAACUUUGAAAACAAAAACUGAUGUAUAUUUAUACGGAUUCAAGAGGAGGUCGUUUUAUCAAUCCACAGAAGGAUUUUUUAAAAUCAGAAAUUUGAAGAUAUUUUGAUUACCGAAAAUUUUCAGUGUUUGAACGUACAGAGAUCGAAAACUGGCCAAGGGCGACAUCGAUGUGUGUAUAUAAGUUGACGCUGUAAAAUAAUUAGAUUUCUAGCAAUAAUCUUUCCUCCUGGUUCUCAUCUUUGUUGAAGCAUCAGUUCCUCAAAGUGGCGCUACUGCAGUAUUAGACACAAUGUCUUGUUGGGUUUCCUUUAUUGUUAAUAGUAAUUGUAAAUAAACUUCAAAUGUACUA